CCCUCUCCUAUCCCGUUUUUUCCCCCGUUUUUUCCCGGUUUUUUCCCGUUUUUUCUCUCCCCCGCAGCCGCGGGGAUGAAGCCGGAGGCGGCUCCGUCCUGCCGGGAGCAAAGAGCGCGGCUGGCUCCCAGUCUCUGCUCUGGCUGUGGCUCCAGGAUCCAGGAUCGAUUUUUUUGCCGCGUCGCCGACGGCUCCUCCUGGCACGAGCGGUGCCUGCGCUGCUGCGCCUGCGGCUGUGCCCUGCAGGGGAGCUGCUUCUGCAGGGGCAGCAAAAUCUACUGCAGGCCUGACUAUGAGAGGCUGUUCCUGCAGCGCUGCAGCCGCUGCCAGGUCCCCGUGGGGCGCUCGGAGCCGAUCCUGCGAGUGCUGCAGGGGAUUUUCCACCAGCAAUGCAUGUCCUGCAACCGCUGCAGCCGGCGCCUGCGCCGCGGCGAUCGCUUCGUGCUGCGCCGCGGCCGCCUGCUCUGCCACGCUCAUGGUAAAUAUUCAGAUUUUAGAUUU